ACAGCGUGGACUCAGGACUGAGGCCGUGUGACUGCACCUCCACAGAGGCCAGAUGUGUGCAGCUGCCUGAUGGAUGCUGGGCUGCGUCUCCCCGGUUUAGUCAAAGAAAAUUUCUCGACACUGUGACAGAAAACACGAGGAUCAUGCCUCGUCACCGCAGAGGAAAGAGUCUCUCUGACGCCAUCACCCUGGAACAGGCCGAGGACGGAAGUCUGUUCAUCUCCAGCAUCAACAACGAGGAUUCAGCUGAUCGGCGUCUGGAGAGAGGGGAUGAUGUUUUGGGGGCAACGAAGAUAAUGGAGCCGUUUGAUGACAAAGUCGGAGUUCUCAGCAGGAGCAACCUGAGCAAGAGCCUCGGGAAUCUGGACGAGUGCGUAAACAAGAGUCCCAAGACGAUGUUGAAGGAUUCCUACAACAAACUCUAUAAUGCCAAAAUCAAGAAGUUUAUGAAGGAUGAUUUGCUUGGUGCUGAUGAAGGUCGUGAGAACGGCAAACCAACUGCUGCCGGCUCAUCCAAGAUUGGCCUGAAACACGACAUGGACCUGCCUCGCCUCGGAGUGGACUUUGGACUUCUGAAAUCCAACAGACGCAAAACAUCAGAAUCUGAUUUUGACGCUGAUUCAGAAUCUGAUGAUGCAACACUAGGUGGCAGCAAUCUGAAUCUCCCACCGUUGGGUCUCGGUUCGAGAGGAGCCGCUCGAAGUGGAACUCAGGCACCAAGAAUGACGGUCGAGUCCAGAAGUCCGCAGCUUCACGCUCCAGACUUCCAUCUGAACACCAACAGUCCAUCGGUUGACCUGUCAAGACCUCAGAUUGGACUGGAAGGUAAAGGAACUUUUAAAGCUCCAGAAAUAGGAGUCUCCGGUGUUGGUACCCCUGAAAUGGGGAUGAAUCUUAAUCGUGGAAAUAUCACUGGUCCGUAUUUUAACGCUAGCGUUCCCAAAGUGGGUUUUGAAGACGAAGACAAUGAAUUCAAAAUGCCAAAAUUCAAUCUGCCUGACCUGGGUCUCUCAGGACCUUCUUUAAAUGGAACAGAAUAUGACCUGGAGAUACCAGAUGUUCCUUCACAUAAAAUCAAUGUCAAACAUUCCAAGAAACUGAAAAAGACAAAUCGAAAUGUGGAUGAUUUUUCAGGUUAUGCGGAUUCACCUACACUAAGGCUCUCUGGGAGAUCCCCUGACUUAGACCUAGAAAUGCCCGGUGCUAAUGUUUCACAGCUCGAUCUCAGUGGACCAGACCUUGAUAUGCCCUCACAUGGAUUCAAAACGUCGUUUCAAAAACCAAAGAUUGAUCUUAAAUCUCCAGGUUUAGAUUUGGAUGCUCCAGCUGGUAAAUUCACUUCGCCCAAAUUUGGAUUCUCGGGGAACGGUGAAGCUAGAAUGCCUGAUCUCAAAACACCGAAAGGUGAGAUUCGCGCACCUGACGUAAAUCUACCCAAAACUGACCUGAAGGGUCAGUCUGGAAAAUACAAAGCUCCCAGAUUUACAAUGCCCCAAUUUGAUUUACCAGACAUUCAAGUUCCAGAUUUUAAUGAAAACUUCGAGGGACCAGAUAUGCAUUUGUCUGCACCGAAUCUCAGAGCUGGAAUUGUAAACCCAAACGUUGACUUAAAUGUGCCCUCGGCCGACAUUUCAAGUCAUUCUGGAAAAAUCAAAAUGCCAAGCUUUGGGCUUCCUGGGCAUAAAAUGAAAGGCCCCGAAUAUGAGUUAAAAACUCCAGACAUGGAUGUUUCUGCUCCCAAGUUUAAAGGAGGCAUCGAUCUGCCCAGUGUUGACCUCAAAAAACCAAAGCUCGACAUCCAUUCCCCUGAUAUUAAUGUGCCUGCUGGUAAAUUAGACCUUGAUGCAGAUGUUCCCUCUGGAAAAAUGAAAUUACCAAAAUUUAAGCUCUUCGGUACGUUGCCAAAGAAUAAAGAUGUGGAUAUCAACGCAGGGAUUAAAACACCUGAGCUCAAUCUAAAAUCCCCGAAGCUAAAAGGCAUCGAUGCUCCUGAUGUGAGUUUACCAAACAUGGACCUCCAUGCUCCAGAUGUGAACAUUGGUUCACCCAAAGGCAAAUUCACUAAGCCAGGGUUUGACAUUGAUACACCUUCACUUGAUCUGAGAGGCCCAAGGUCAAAGCUGGAAAUGCCUGAUGCUGAUAUUGGAGGUUUUUCAGGAAAAAUGACGACGCCAAAUUUUGGAUUGUCAGGACCGAAGAUGAAAGGGUUUGGUGGUGAGGUAAAUCCUCCAGACUUUGAUCUUUCAGCCCCCAGAUUUAAAGGUGAUAUCGGUUCCCCAGAUCUGAAUUUACCUGAGAUGAACUUUAACAAACCCAAACUAGAUCUUUCUGGCCCAGAUUUUCCCUCAGGUAAAUUUAAAGGACCAGCAAUAAAGAAACCAAACUUUGACCUGAAUGCUCCUGACAUGCACAUUGACGCUCCCAAAGGCAAAUUACAAAUGCCUAAAUUCAACCUGUCCAGCACAAUGCCAAAGGGGCCAGAUUGGGACGUAAAUGCAGAUCUGAAAUCACCAGAUCUGAAUUUUAAAUCUCCAAAGAUAGAGGGGGGAAUUGGCACCCCUGAUUUGGACUUUCCAAACAUGGACCUUAAAGCCCCCAAGUUUGACGUUAAAUCUCCAGAUGUCAACAUUGGUUCACCCAAAUCAAAAUUUAAACUGCCCAAAUUCAAGAAACCUAAAUUUAGUUUUCCAAGUCUAAAAGGACCUGAUAUCAGUGGUAAUGGCCCAGACAUGGAUAUCAGUGCACCCAAUGUCAACCUCAAAGCUCCUAAAGCUGAUUUUGAAAUGCCAGAUUUUAAUAUUUCUGGUCCGUCUGGAAAAUUCAAAAAGCCAAAUUUGAACCUGCCUAACUUGGGGCUGUCUGGUCCAAAGUUAGAUGGCCCAAACUUGAACCUGAAAUCCCCUAACCUAGAUCUUUCUGGUCCCGACCUCAGUGGUGGGAUAAAUGCACCAGACAUAAACAUGCCCAAGGUUGACCUGAAGAGCCCCAAACUGGAUUUCAAUACUCCAAAACUCAACCUAGACAUGCCUUCAGGUAAAAUGAAAAUGCCAGAGCUUCAUGCUCCAGACUGGGAUGUWAAUGCUCCCUCGGGAAAAUUGAAAAUGCCUAAAUUUAAUCUUUCAGGAACUUUACCAAAAGGACCAAAUAUGGACAUGAAYGCAGAUCUGAAUGCACCAGACUUGAACCUGAAAGCUCCAAAGAUAAAGGGUGGAUUUAAUGCCCCUCACAUGGACCUGAAAGCUCCUAAGUUAGACAUGAACACUCCAGAUGUCAACAUUGGCUCACCCAAAUCAAAAUUUAAACUGCCCAAAUUCAAGCUGCCUAAACUUAGUCUUCCAAGCUUAAAGGGGCCUGAGAUUGACGGACACUUGGAUGCCCCAGAUGUUGAUGUGAAUGUACCCAAUGUCAACCUCAAAGCUCCUAAAGCUGAUUUUGAAAUGCCAGGUUUUGAUAUUCCUGCUCCAUCUGGAAAAUUCAAAAAGCCAAACUUGAACCUGCCUGACUUGGGGCUUUCCGGUCCAAAGUUAGAUGGCCCUAACUUGGACCUCAGAUCACCUGACCUAGAUUACGCUGGUCCCAGCCUUAGAGGUGGGAUAAAUGCACCAGACAUAAACAUGCCCAAGGUUGAUCUGAAGAGCCCCAAACUGGACUUAAAUGCCCCAAAGCUCAACCUAGACAUGCCAUCAGGAAAACUAAAAAUGCCAACACUGCCAAAACCAAAGGCAGAGCUUCAUGCUCCAGACUGGGAUGUUAAUGCUCCCUCGGGAAAUUUAAAAAUGCCUAAAUUUAAUCUUUCACGGCCAAAUAUGGGCAUGAACGCAGAUCUGAAUCCACCAGACCUCAAUUUUAAAUCUCCAAAGAUAAAGGGUGGGAUUAGUGCCCCUGACUUGGACUUACCAGACAUGGACCUUAAAGCUCCAAAGUUAGAUGUGAACACUCCAGAUGUUAACAUUGGUUCACCCAAAGGAAAGUUCAAAAUGCCAAAACUGAAAAUGCCCAAAUUUAGCUUCCCAAGCUUAAAAGGACCUGAGAUUGAUGGAAACUUCGAUGGUCCAGAUGUUGAUUUAAAUGCACCAAAGGUCAACCUCAAAGCUCCUAAAGCUGAUUUUGAAAUGCCAGAUUUUAAUAUUUCUGGUCCAUCUGGAAAAUUCAAAAAGCCAAAUUUGAACCUGCCUAACUUGGGGCUGUCUGGUCCAAAGUUAGAUGGCCCAAACUUGAACCUGAAAUCCCCUAACCUAGAUCUUUCUGGUCCCGACCUCAGUGGUGGGAUAAAUGCACCAGACAUAAACAUGCCCAAGGUUGACCUGAAGAGUCCCAAACUGGAUUUCAAUAGUCCAAAACUCAACCUAGACAUGCCAUCAGGUAAAAUGAAAAUGCCAGAGCUUCAUGCUCCAGACUGGGAUGUUAAUGCUCCCUCGGGCAAUUUAAAAAUGCCUAAAUUUAAUCUUUCACGGCCAAAUAUGGACAUGAACGCAGAUCUGAAUCCACCAGAUUUGAACCUGAAAGCACCAAAGAUAAAGGGUGGAUUUAAUGCCCCUCACAUGGACCUGAAAGCUCCAAAGUUAGAUGUUAAUACUCCAGAUAUUAACCUGGGUUCACCAAAAGCAAAGUUUAAACUGCCCAAAAUGAAAAAGCCUAAAAUUGGUCUACCGGGCCUAAAAGGACCUGAGAUUGACGGCGGUUUAGACGUCCCAGACGUCAACCUCAGAGGGUCCAAACCUGGGUUUGAAAUGCCAGAUGUUGACUUCGGUGGCCCAUCUGGAAAAAUCAAAAAGCCACAUAUGAAAAUGCCUGAUGUGGGUUUUUCUGGUCCAUCGGUAGACUUCCCAGAUGUCGAACUUAAAGCUCCAAAGUUGGAUAUGAAUGCUCCAGAUGUCAACAUGGGUUCACUUUAUACAGAGGUCAAAAAGCCAAAAAUCAAGACACCGAAAAUGCCAAAUGUUGAUAUAAAUGGAGACCUGCGGGGACCUGAUCUGAAUAUCCCACAUGCAGGCGUGAAAGGUCCAAAUGGAAAAUUAAAAAUGCCAAGUUUAAAUGCACCAGACCUUAGUCUCUCUGCACCUAAGGCAAAAAUACCAGACAUAAAUCUUUCAGCACCUAAACUCAGAGGCCCUCGAAUAAAUGCACCGGAUAUAAAUCUCCCAGAUACAAAUUUCAAAAGUCCCAAAUUCAACCUCAAUGCAAAGCGGCCCGAUCUCGGAAUCGAUGCUAACAUAGGCCGACCUGACAUGAACUUUAAUGCCCCUCAAGUCAAAGGAGGAAUAAGGAGUCCAGACUUUCACAUGAAUGUUCCCUCUGGAAACUUCCAGGGUCCUCAGACUGAUCUUGAUCUGGCAAACAGAAAAUAUAGACUCCCUGCUUUAAAGCCUCCUCAGUUUGGAAGCCCAGAUCUGAAUCCUGUAGCAUCUGAUUUUGGUACAUCUGUGAGACCAGCAAAUCUGGGCUUUUCUCCUCCGAAUGCAAAACUGAAUGUAAAACCAGUUGAACUGAAGGGGGACUUCUCAGGGCCGAGGGUUAAUGCUCCAAACAUCAACCCCCGCAUUCCUACAGCGGCUCAGAGGAGUCCAGGGCUGAAUUACAAAUAUCCAGAUCUUAACAUUGAUGAUCCUUCACUAAAUUUCAGAGGACCUUCUUAUCAGAACCGCAGAUCAGACAUGUCCGGUAUGAACAUGAGGAUUCCUGAUCUGGACAUAGAUGGAGAUGUCAGACUUCAUCACAGUGAUAGAAAGUCACACAGAAACACACUCCACAGCUUCCCUGUGGCGGACGCAGGAUUUGGCCACGAUGUUGAUUUCCACCGUUCAGAUCUCAACAUUGAUGAUUUCACAGGAAAGGAUCACGUACUUAGAGCCAGAGGUUUGAAACUGGACAUGCAGGCCUCACAUAACUACAGACAGCGGAUCCCCCCAUCAGGUCUCGAUAUUGACAUGAUGGACUCCGUACACACUAGGAGAGUUCCAGCUAGUGACAUGUACAUGUAUUCACAACAGAGAACAGUACAACGUGAAUUUAACGCACGAGAUCCAAGAAUAAAAGUACCCGACAGUACAGACGGAUACUACGUCACUUCUUUCCCCACUCACGCACAAAAUCAAAAAAUGCCAAAUCGUAAAUAUAACACACUCGGACGACUUGACUUUCACCCAGGAAACGUGGAACUUGAAGUUCCAAAUCAAAACGACCAGAAAGGUUCUUUCGUUUUCGCUGACCUCGUGUAGGUUUUGUGCUUCCACAAGGGACAGCAACACUUUCUGUUAAUAUGCUUUUUGUAUUGGGUGAAUUUUUUUCAGCCACUUACGAUGUGUAAUGAUUUAUAAUUUUUAUCGAAUGUGUCAUUUUGUACUUCAUUUAGAUUUGUGAACAUAAAGCAAAGAAAAAACACAAAGUACAUUAUAAUGCAGUAUUCUUGCACUUCUGUUGUGUGUUUGUAUAAGUUACAACCAAAGAUUGUAAAAUCUCUAAAUCUGUGUUUUACUACUGAUGUUGAAAGUCGAGGAAGAAAGUAUUUAACUUGUGUUAAAAUAUC